GAUCGUUACAAAAAUCAUGAAAUGGACCGUAUCUUUUCUUGGCAGUAUAUCGUUUGGAUUUCAAAUGUUGUCGUGACACUCGUUCUGAAGGUGGUACUUCUUCCCAUCAAAAACGGUUGAAAAUAUAAGCGGAUAAUUAUGAUAGUUGAUUACAUGAUUGUCUGGUAGAGAAGUGAAGUGCGCGAAUAUGUGAAAACCCCCGAAUUGAAAAAGCAGUGAAAUAUGCGAUACCUAUUAACAAGACACUCUGUUUUUAAUUAUAUUAUAAACAUAAAGUGGAAGCGUGGAAUUUUCCCUGAUUGAUUAUUUAUUUUAAAGAAUUUUAUAAGGAGUAGUUGGUGUAAAUUAGAAACUAUGACAGCAUAUGAUAACAAAGCUUUUGAGGGAGAUGAUCCAAGUCAUUCUCCCGCAAACAUAGAUUCCUCACAGGAAUCUAAUGAUUCGCAACCAUCAAAAGAGCAAAAUCGCAAAGAACGUGAUCUAUGGGGAAAAGAUAUCGAAUUUCUUUUAUCCUGCAUCGCAAUGUCCGUUGGGUUAGGAAAUAUAUGGAGAUUUCCUUUCACAGCUUUAGAGAAUGGUGGUGGAGCGUUCGUUAUUCCAUAUCUGAUAGUAUUAUUUCUAGUUGGUAAGCCUAUUUAUUACUUGGAGAUGCUGAUAGGACAGUUUUCAAGUCGCGGAUCCGUGAAAGUAUUUGAUUUGUGCCCAGCAAUGAGAGGGAUUGGCGUUGGUCAAGUUAUAGCGACAUCCAUGGUAACGACUUACUAUGCAUCUUUGAUGGCGCUUACAAUCUAUUAUUUUUUUGCAUCAUUCGCAAAAAUCUUACCAUGGAGUAUAUGCCGAGAAGAAUGGGGUCCAAGUUGUAUUUCGUCCCUAGAAAAUCAAACGAGAAAUGUUGACCCCAUCGAAAAAGUAACUUCUGCGGAAUUGUAUUUUUUGAAAGAAGUACUUAAAGAAGUCGAUACUCUUGACGAAGGCGUUGGUGCUCCUAACUGGAAACUUGUACUUUGCUUAGUUGGAUCCUGGAUUAUUGUUUGUGUGCUACUCAUCCGUGGCAUUAGGACUUCUGGAAAGGCAUCUUAUUUUCUUGCCAUUUUUCCCUACGUCGUCCUCUUCAUCUUAUUAAUUCGGGCUGUGACAUUACCUGGUGCAUCGGAUGGAAUUGUUUAUUUUAUCAAACCUCAAUGGGAAAAGAUUUUGGAUCCACAAGUUUGGUAUGCUGCAGUGACGCAAGUGUUUUUCUCGCUGUCAGUAUGCUUUGGAAACAUCAUUAUGUACUCGUCAUACAACAGAUUUGGACACGAUGUUUACAGAGAUUCAACUAUCGUCACAUUACUGGACACCGGAACUUCAUUACUGGCAGGAUUCACAAUUUUUGGAAUUUUAGGCCACUUGGCACACGAAGUUGGUACAGAAGAUGUUGGAACAGUCGUUAAGGGUGGGACGGGCUUGGCAUUCAUUUCAUACCCUGACGCAAUUUCGAAAUUUGAAACACUACCCCAAGCUUUCUCGGUGCUUUUCUUCUUAAUGUUAUUCGUAUUGGGGGUGGGUAGCAAUAUUGCGAUGACAUCAUGUGUUAUGACCUCAAUCCGCGACAAUUUUCCAAAAGUUCGCAAUUGGCAUGCAGCCGUGGGCAUUUCUGUACUAAGUGUCAUUAUCGGAUUGGUGUAUGUGACACCGGGUGGUCAGUUUAUUUUGAACUUAGUUGAUUAUUUCGGUGCAUCUUUAAUUACCCUGGUAUUAGCCAUUGCUGAAUUGACCUGCUUGGGUUGGAUUUAUGGUGUUCGAAGGAUUUGCAAGGAUACUCAAUUCAUGACUGGCAGGAAUCCUGGUUUAUACUGGCGACUGUGUUGGGGAAUAAUAACACCUCUUCUGAUGGUAGUCAUUUUAAUCUACACAUUUGUUUCAUACGAACCACUGGAGUACAAAGGGACGACUUACCCUACCUGGUCUUAUGCUGUUGGUUGGUGUUUAUCGGCUCUUGGCAUUCUUCAAUUUCCAAUUUGGAUGUGUGUUGCAGUCAUAAGACAGCCGGGUAAUACAUUCGCAGAAAAGUUUCGCGACGCAUUUAAGCCUACCAAAAAUUGGGGACCAACAGAUCCUGUUACCCUUGAAAAAUAUAGAAAAAUUUGGGCGGAAGCGGAAGAGGAAGAUCAUAAGAAUGGUGGAAUAUUUAAGAAAAUAUUCAGAAAUCUUUUUAAAUAAUUUUAAGGUAGGUCUAAUUUACUUUUAAAAACAUUUGUAAUUAAAAAGUAUUAAGAAAUGAA